AACCACGGACCCGCUACGGAUCGGGAGGGAGUAACAGAGUAACGUGCCCACGGUGCACCUCCUUCAAUAGACAAUUCUAUAAAUUAUUAUUUCACGGGUCAGAGACGGCAGCGGAGGGACGCGCACUAUCACACGCCCGCGCACACAGAGCGUUACCAGGGGGUCCUGUCAAUCACAGAGCGAACCACCUGGGCCUAACAAGGGUCUGAACUUGGACCUGUUGUAGACGAAAUGCACCCUCUCCUAACCCGGUGGAUUAGCGCCAUGAGACGGGUUGAGAGACAGAAAACCCCGAACUACUAACGACCUACAUACAGGGUGUUGUGACCUCCGUGGUGAUGUUCGGGGGCUACGCGGACAGGGCGGAGCUAGAGGAUGAGCUGUACGCGGAGGAGUCCGAGGGGUCAGAGGGUGACGACAGUGAAUUAGAGUUCAGACUCUACAGCCAACUCCACUACUCCUCUAACCCCGGAGAGAGGGAGGAGGUGGGAGACAGGCACCUCUCCUCCAGCCACGGAGAGGAGGAGGAGGAGGAGGAGGUGGGAGACAGGCGCCUCUCCUCCAGCCACGGAGAGAAGGAGGAGGUGGGAGACAGGCGCCUCUCCUCCAGCCACGGAGAGAAGGAGGAGAAGGUGGGAGACAGGCGCCUCUCCUCCAGCCACGGAGAGAAGGAGGAGGAGGUGGGAGACAGGCGCCUCUCCUCCAGCCACGGAGAGAAGGAGGAGGAGGAAGAUGGGAGCAAGGCCAAACGACAGCGGCCACCCCUGUCAAAUGAUCAUAGUAACAGAGAUCUACGGCAAAACCUGCUGGGGGACACAGAGCAGAAACAACAGAAAGUCAAACUGAAAACCCAAAAGGGUAGGAAACGGCAGAGAGGUCUCUCCAAAGGUGACCCCAGACGUCAAAGGUUGUUCCAGGAGGUCAUAGUCAUCGACUCGAGUCAAGAUGACGUCAUCACGGUGUCAGACAACACGGAGGAAGAUGACGGGGUGUGUAGCUUGAAAGGUCAGAGGUUAAAGAAAGGACCCCUGCAGGCCUCGACCCCGGGACAACAGAGAAACCCCGCCCCAAAGAAGGGGAGGUCCAGUGUGGGCUCUGACUCGGUGGUGGUGUUGGACUCAGGAUCCGGAGCGAAGUCUGGAUCGGACUCUGAUUCUGACAGUCUGGAGAGCUGGAUGAUUCUAGACAGCGGGAAACAAGAUGGAGACCAGGGCAUCAUACUGAACCUGGAGGGAGAAGGAGACAUUAAAGACGGUGACGAGGGUACCUGGGUGAUAGCGGACAGAGACAGAGAGGCUCAGAUCGUGAACCGGCGUGGGGGCGGUCCUCGGGGGAAGCGGGUGGCGAACCGUUACUAUGCCGACAAGAACGUCACCUGUCACAGCUGUAAGAGGACUGGACACCUCUCCACGAGCUGCCCUACGCCCCCGGAGCCGUGUUGCGUGCUGUGCGGGGAGCGUGGUCACACGAUGCUGUCGUGUCCCAGCAAACAUUGCAGGAACUGCGGUCUGCCCGGUCACUUGGACGAGGUGUGUGUCGUACCCAACCUCCGAUACAAAUGGUGUUAUCGCUGUGGCGUACAGGGACACCUUAACGACGCCUGCCCAGAGAUAUGGAGACAGUACCACAUCACGACUAAGUCAGGUCCUGUACUGGUGGUAAAAGGAGAGGACAACGCCAGGACCAACCCCUGCUGUUAUAACUGUUCUCUCAGGGGACAUUUUGGAUUUGACUGCUCAGUGAGGAGGAUGUUUGCGGGUUUCCCCCCCAACUCUCCCUUCAUCAACCAAUAUGACUCUCGCCUCUCGAUCCGCAACCGAGAUUACCGAGCUCAGCUCAGAGUUCAAGAGUUGAAGGAUGCAGGCCUGUUUCCGCGUCGGGUCUCACCAGACCGUGACGCCAGAGACGACGAUCCGCCGGGCAAACGCCAGAGAACCGACUCUAACCCGAGCUACAGGCCGUACCAGAACUACCCCCCUAAAACCUACCAAGCUACUCCUGACCGCACCCACAUCAGGUUCAGCGGUGGCCAGGAGAAACCCUGGACUCCUAAACACAAACUAAAGGAGAGCAGAGAGGGGAAGGGCUUCACUCCAGCUUCAGCCACGCCCAAAUCCAACAUGGCUGACAGGAACCAGCCGGGGAGUCAGGAAAGGCAGAAGAAGAAACAACGGAAACUGGCCAAAAACAAAAUGGCCGCCGCCGCAGACGAGUCUCUUGACUUCCCCCGAGGACAAGGCCCCUCCACCAAGAGGAAGAAGAAGGGGCCCAAGGGCCCUCCCCCCUCGGCCGGAGCCCCUCCUACCUUCCAUCCCAAGGGCCCCGCCUCCCACACCCCCGACCGUCUGUUUGGGGCGGCGAAGAAGGGAGCGAGUAAGAAGAAGAAGAGAGAGAACGGGAGAGACAGGAAGGCCGCUAAGGAGGAGAAGUUGUUCCCCACGGACGAAAACCUGUUCCUCAUCAAACAGAGGAAACCUAGGAGAUAACAUGGGGGGGUGUUCCUCAUCAGAGGAUACCUAGGAGAUAACAUGGGGGGGUGUUCCUCAUCAGAGGAUACCUAGGAGAUAACAUGGGGGGGGGGUCCUCAUCAGAG